AUGCCGGCCGCCGGCACCGACGCCUCGUCCCCCACAGAGUCAAGUAAAGCGGCGGACGUGUUUGGUAGCGCGACAAACACGUACGAGGCGCUCGAGGUGGUUUGCGUGGCGAACAGCGACAAGUACGCUGACGUGAUGUUGCGGCUCUCCAACCCCGGUGGGGGGGCGCGACUGGCAGGGGCGCUGCUGCAGGCCGUCCAGCAGCUGGUCCCCUCCAGGCCGCUGACGGAGGUGUUCGGCAGCACAAAAGCGCCGCUCCUGCUGCUGUUCGUGCCCGCCUUGCUAUUCAGGGCGUCGGUGCUUCUCGGCUCGCCACAUACGGACAUAGUGGGCCCCAACAAGGAGUGGGACGUCGUCAGCGCCUUCCUCCUGGCGACGCAGGGAGAACUCCUCGCCUCGCCGGGGCAGCGUGUGGUGCACAUGACACACCUACCCCCGCCGCCCACUUUGCCCUCGGUGAAGCACACCCCGUCCUGGGCCACCAUUCUCACAGAGACGGUGCUGGCGGAUUUUGUGUCGCUCCCACCGGACGCGUCCCAGCGGAGCAGCUCAUUGACAGCGGCCAACUUUGGAGCCGUGCUCUACGCCGCAACAUGCGGUCUCGUUCAUCUGUUGCAGGCCAUCAUGGCAGCGCCACCGCGCGUUGUCUGUGGCAUGGGGACGCUGGAGUUUUUGAAGGCAACAAUUCGUCUUUUGCUCUCACCGACCGUGUUGAUCUACGGCUCUAAGGAGAACAACCUGCAGACGUGUAUUGCGUCUCUCCUCCUCUUCCUUCGGAGCGCACUUGCUACUCGGGAAGCAGUUGGUGAAAUACGACAGGAACAUCUGAUGGAGCAGUGGUCAAAGUGUAUGCAGUGCUGGUUUGAUUCAGCAACGCAAUCCAGCAAUACAGUGUGCAUGCAGUUACUUUUCCCCUACAUGUUAUCGCCCGACAUUACGUGGAAUAUCUAG